CAACACUGAGGCGAGGAAACGAGCCAGCGCUAUCAACAGUACUGCCCCGAGGGCUCUUCCUACUGAACUCCUGGGAGCCAGAGCAGAGAGGAAUUUGGGAAUAGCGCGGAAAAAUGAAGAACACUGUUGAUUCGAAAAUAUCUGCGAGGUUUUCUUUUUUAUUGUGAAUGUGUCGCUAAACUGGUUGACGGGUACUACCUUCAUUCGGAGAUCGUCGUUUCAUUACGAGACCGACGAAAAUAACAUUAGACACCGCCAGUAGAUUAACAGUCCUUAGAUAAAGACCUAUCUCGACAUUAAAAUGAUCUGAUAUUGCAUGUACGGAAUAGGGACACCAUGCGGGGUCGACAUCAGUGUUUUACCUCAAGUUUAACAACGAUGUAUAGAAUUUCGGAUUACUAAUACAAAACACGCUCGCACACGCUGUAAACCGGAUUCGACCCACGAGCUUCAUCCCGGUUCCGCAAAGAAAUUCAACCCGAAAGAGUUGAAGAGCUCCAUGCAUUCGAAAAGGGAGAGGAGAGGAGCGCUGUCCCAUGCUGGAUGGAUGGUUAUGGGGAAAGGAGCAGGACCAUCGGCGCUAGAAGUCUGCAAGUUCCUUGUGGUGUUUCUCUGUCUGUUUCCAGCAGCAACUCUGCAGUGUAAGAUCCUCAAGUGUAACUCAGAGUUCUGGGCCUCCACCUCCAGCUCUGGCCCAGAAGAGGAGUUCUGCACAGCUCUGCGAGCAUACAACAACUGUGUCCGACGCACUGCCCGUACGUGCCGGGGAGACCUGGCCUACCAUUCAGCCCAACAUGGUAUAGAGGAUCUAAUGAGCCAACACAACUGCUCCAAAGAAGGGCCCACUACCCAACCUCGUGCACGGACGCCCCCUCCCCCAGCCCAGCCACCACCCCAACCAGACAUCCACGUACCCUCGGAUGGGCCAGAGGUGUGCCACUACGAGCGGAGUCUACCACGUCACGCCUCACCCCCAAAUUACACUCAUUGCGGCUUUUUUGGAGACCCACACCUUCGCACAUUCAACGAUGACUUUCAGACUUGUAAAGUUGAGGGAGCCUGGCCACUGAUUCACAAUAAGUACCUGUCUGUGCAGGUUACGAACACUCCCGUUGUGCCUGGGUCUUCUGCUACAGCUACUAGCAAGCUAACAAUCAUCUUCAAGAACUUUCAGGAGUGUGUAGACCAGAAGAUGUACCAUGCAGAGACUGAUGAGCUUCCAGCUGCUUUUGCAGAUGGUUCAAAGAAUGGAGGUGACCGCCAUGGGGCCAACACCCUACGUGUGGUAGAAAAGGUGCCUGGACAACACGUGGAGAUCCAGGCACGAUACAUUGGCACCACUGUUGUAGUUCGGCAGGUCGGCCGCUACCUCACCUUUGCAGUGCGGAUGCCAGAGGAGGUGGUGAAUUCGGUGGAGGACCAAGACAACCAGGAUCUUUACCUAUGUCUGCAUGGUUGCCCUGCCAACCAGCGAAUUGACUUCAGGACUUUUAGAACACGGGCUGCAGAGAGCCAUGGCUUAGGCAGGGGCCGGCCAGGCAGCCCUGCCCAUGGCUUCACCUACCAGUCAGCCAUGGCCAAGUGCAAAGAACGUCUUCCAGUCGAGGAUUUGUAUUUCCAAUCUUGUGUUUUUGACCUGCUAUCUUCUGGGGACAUCAACUUUACCCUGGCUGCCUACUAUGCCUUUGAGGAUGUUAAAAUGCUACAUUCAAACAAGGACAAGUACCAUCUCUUUGAAAGAGAUACAAUAUUCAACUCUGCCUCCAAAAACAUUGGUAUUAGCUUCUUUGUCCUUUUCAGCCUUGUUACUGCAAAGUUGUGGACUGAGUUGUGUUCCAUUUAUCUGUAGUUCCCAUUGGACAUCCUUAUUGUAAUAGAUCGUUGUAAGAAGCUGUGUGCAUGUGAAAUGCUGCUCUCGCCAUGUUGCAUUUCAUCUACCGGAGGCUGGGCUUCUCAGCUAAAACCCAAGUUUCUGCCGAGGGCUUUCACUCUUGUGUGUCUUGUGUCAUGCUCAUCUCAGCCAUGGACUCAUCUUGUCAUCACCAUGCAUGUUUGUUCAUCAGGCCAGAGAAGGAGCAUUUCUGCAGCUCCACCCAUAACUGCAGUGAUCAUAACUGCUCAGCAAAGGAGAAGGCAGUGCGGAGAGGUCCUGAGACUCGGCUCAGAUUAAACUCUCCUCUACUGACAGGAGUGAGAGGGGGAUGGUCCUUUGCAGAAAGAAUAGUUUGGAGAUGGGCUUCAGUUCACUUUAUGCCAAGUGAGAGGUGAAGUAUGUCUCCCGGAGCAAGGCUGGAGGACAUGACAGGAGCUUUUAUUAAUGUCUCCUAAAGAUGGAGGGCCAGCAGGAGUUCACUCUUUGAAGAAGCUCUAUCUUUGGAAAAGCAUUAGCUUUCUAGAGGAAACCCCUUGGCCAAGGCCAGACUAGGAAGUCUGACAUGUUGUCUAGAGUGGAGAUUAAUAGGCCAUAACACCAGGCCUUUUGUAUAGUUUGUCUGUAAGUGUGUGUGUGUAAGCAAAUUGUGUAUUAUUGCGUAGGUGAUUAUAUGAAUGUGUGUGUGGGUGGGUUUGGGUGGUUUAUGAGGACAUUUUUUAGGUUACAGACUGGAAAUUACAAGGGUAUUAUGCUAUAAAUGUGGUUUAUGAGGACAUUUCUGUGUCCCCAUAAUUCAAAUCGCUUAAAAAACAUACUAAACGAUGUUUUUUUGAAAAUGCAGAAAUUUUUUGUGAGGGUUAGGUUUAGGGGUAGGGUUAGGGGAUAGAAUCUAUAGUUCAUACAGUAUAAAAAUCAUUAUGUCUAUGGAGAGUCUUCAUAAGGAUAGCUGCACCAACAUGUGUGUGUGUGUAGUGUUUCCUAAUAGCUGUAUGUUGCACCCAGGGUCCUAAUGUAGCUCUGGUUUGGUGGUUCAUGGGUCAGUAAGAAGUUCUACUGCCUGCCAAGAGCUGUUUACUUCAUUUUAUAUAAAAAGUGUUUUCAGUGUGUCAAUCAUACUGUCAAACAGCACCUACACUGCUUAGGUGUGAUAAUCUUGAAAAUAUUUAUUGUAUUCUCUCCAUUGUCAUAUUGGGAGUGUAUUAGGCACAGAAAAUUACCCUCUUUACUUUGUGUUUACAAAGUAAGUGCUAUUGUUCAGUCAAAAAACAAAUUCAAGCCAUUUGAUGUUGUGGUCCAAGACACAGUUGUCUUUUAGAAAAAGAACACUUGCUUCUGAAAAAAAAAAAAAAAGUACAACAUUGAAAAAAUAAUCAUGUCAGUUUGCAGUAUGUAACCUUACAAUCAACAUAUCCAGGAAAGAGCCAAGUUCCUAAUACAACUCUUGCCGUUUAAGAUGGGACCCACAAGCCCUGUAGGCAGAUCAAUCAGUCAUCCUUACUGCUUCUUAAAGAGUAAGCCUCAUUCUCCAUUUCAAAAAGGGUGUCGACGUGGCUGUGCUGUAGGCCCCGUUUAAUUCACAACUCAGUAGAUCUGUGAAUUUAUGGCGGAGGCUUUUUGCCGAAGAACAAGUCCUGGUGCCAACAAUUUCCCUCCCAUACAGCUGAAUUUUCUCUCUCUCUCUCUCUCUCUCUCUCUCUCUCUCUCUCUCUCUCUCUCUCUCUCUCUUUCACUUUCUCAUGGGACCUUUGUGGUUCUCUUAGUAUUUAGGCUCAAACCAGAUGUCCUGAUUGUGUAUAAUAUUUGAAGGUGCUGCUAACUACAGUGUGGUGCAUGAACUUCAGUGCAGGGAGCUAUUGCCAUGCGUUUCUUGUGACAGUUUGAAAUGGGGACAUUUUCUCUUCAGCCUUGAGCUAGCUCAUGUGUAUUGGCACUCAGUAUUGUCAAUAGCAUUAGCAGUAUUGGCACUCUAAACACAUGCUUACAUAGCACCACUAUUUUGAGGGAUGGGGGGGGGGGAUACUGAAGAUGGAAUUAGACUUUUUUUCAUAUCAUGAGUCAUUUCUCACAUUAUUUAACAUCAGAUAUUGUGGAUUUAGCAGAUAUAACAUAAUAUUAUAAAGCACUGAAAUGCUUGCUAAAGUGUAAUUCAAAUAUUUUAAACAGAACUGUAUUAACAGUAAUGGUCAAACAAGGCUGAUUUGGAAACAACACACUAACUUCACCCUUGGUAACAUCAUAGUUUUAAAGAGACUUUUGGAAAGAUCUUUGUAAAUGAAGCCCAGAUCACACCUGCAUGUGGCCUCCAUGUCCAGUUUCUAAGAACAUCUGUCACACUCGUCUCUUAAAAUGUUUACGUUUUCUCUAAAUAACUAGCUUAAACUAUAAAAUUAUGGUUAGAUAUUAUUAAUACUUAAAUAGUUCUUUGAGAGACAGAAUUGCUUCAUGGUAAUUUAUUCUUACACUGUAAAGUUUUGUGAGCCUUACUACUGCUAAGAAAGCUCGUGUUUGGUGCAGUCAAUGGCUUUAAAGAGAAAUUUGAAAAAUGAUUGUAGUGACAUUUGUGUUUAGGUGUGGUUGUCGUCAGUACUUUUUGGAUUUAAAUGCGUAAUGUGACGUAUAAACGUUUGUGAGUUGUUGAUUUAGCAAAUAGCCUAAUAUGUUGUGCUGAAAUUUGUUUGGUACAGCAGAGGGCAUGGUGAAUUUUGCCUUUAAAUUUAAAGUGAUAUUGUGUACACAAACACCACAACAACAUAGGAUAAGGGAUUCAUUAUGACUUAAUUUGGUACAAGAGUAAAAAGGAGAUAUCCUGUUCAUAAAGGUAACUAAAUAAUACGUAGGAAACGUGUGAAUUGCAGUGUUUGUGUUGUUGUUAUAAAAGCACUUUAUGUUUCUGUUCUCUUUAACUUAGCUCUUACUUGGUUUUAACUUGAUGGUAAAAGAGGUUAUCAGACUUGUAAUGCUAUGAAAAUGAAAGAUAACAUUUUUAUGUAUUAACAUUGAAUGGGAGAUGCCAUCAGUCUGUUUUUGUAUGUAGGACUAAAGCGGUGCCACACACCACCUGUAUAUACUGUAAAUUAUUUAUUUGAAGAAAAAAUAAAGUGUCAUGUUGAUUUGUUUUU